ACCUUUCCCUCCAGCUCCAUCCCAACGGGUCCCGCUUCCUUACAUGGUCACGGGCUGGGCCUCCAGUUCCCGGACGUCCCCCCUUCCACCGGACACGGCCCCCGCCCUGCUCACCCAGCGUGGUCUGUCUGCACCCCGCCAUGGAGGACCUGGAUGCCCUGCUCUCUGACCUGGAGACCACCACGUCACACAUGCCAAGGUCAGAGGCUCCAAAAGAGCAGCCCCCAGAGGCCCUCACAUCUUCCCUGUCCUAUGGCCACCAGCCGCAGAUGGGGUCUGGCGAGUCUUCAGGAGCCUCAGGGGACAAGGACCAUCUGUACAGCACGGUAUGCAAGCCUCGGUCCCCGAAGCCUGCGGCCCCCGCGGCCCCUCCGUUCUCCUCCAGUGGUGUCUUGGGCACAGGGCUCUGUGAGCUGGACCGCUUGCUUCAGGAGCUUAAUGCGACUCAGUUUAACAUCACAGAUGAAAUAAUGUCUCAGUUCCCAUCUAGCAAGGAGACUGCAGGGGAGCAGAAAGAGGACCAAUCUGAGGACAAGAAAAGGCCCAGUGGGCCCCCUAGCCCAUCCCCCGUUCUCCAAAAGCCUUCGGCUACCUCUGCCACCCUGGAGUUGGACAGACUGAUGGCGUCACUCUCUGACUUCCGAGUCCAGAACCACCUCCCAGCUCCUGGGCCAACCCAGCCACCAGGGCCAAGCUCCGUGGAUGAGGGCUCCCCGUCCCCAGCGGAGCCUACCAGCAAGGGCGGCCUGGACACCAUGCUGGGUCUGCUGCAGUCCGACCUCAGUCGCCGUGGCAUUCCCACCCAGGCCAAGGGCCUCUGUGGCUCCUGCAAUAAAGCCAUUGCUGGGCAAGUGGUGACGGCGCUAGGGCGGGCGUGGCACCCUGAGCACUUCCUGUGUAAUGGCUGUUCCACGGCCCUGGGAGGCAGCAGCUUCUUCGAGAAGGAUGGCGCCCCCUUCUGCCCUGAGUGUUACUUUGAGCGCUUCUCCCCACGAUGUGGCCUCUGCAAUCAACCCAUCCGACACAAGAUGGUUACUGCUUUGGGCACCCACUGGCACCCAGACCACUUCUGCUGCGUCAGCUGCGGGGAGCCCUUCGGAGAGGAGGGUUUCCACGAGCGCGAGGGCCGCCCCUACUGCCGCCGGGACUUUCUGCAGCUGUUCGCCCCGCGCUGCCAGGGCUGCCAGGGCCCCAUCCUGGACAACUACAUCUCAGCGCUAAGCGCGCUCUGGCACCCAGACUGCUUCGUCUGCAGGGAGUGCUUCGCGCCCUUCUCGGCAGGCAGCUUUUUCGAGCACGAGGGCCGCCCGCUGUGCGAGAACCAUUUCCACGCGCGGCGCGGUUCCCUGUGCGCUACGUGUGGCCUCCCGGUGACCGGCCGUUGCGUGUCGGCCCUGGGCCGCCGCUUCCACCCGGACCACUUCACCUGCACCUUCUGCCUGCGCCCACUCACCAAGGGCUCCUUCCAGGAGCGCGCCGGGAAGCCCUAUUGCCAGCCCUGCUUCCUCAAACUCUUCGGCUGACUGCCUGCGGGGCUCGCCCCUCCGGGAGACCACGACCCCAAAGACCCAGCCCUCACCCCCAACGCCAUGACCUCCACACCUCAAGGCCUUGCUCUUUGAGCUUGGGGCUCUCCUGUGAGUCCCGCCCUGUGAGGCCGGCUGGGGAGACCCUCCCCAAGGUACCCUACUCUCUGUUCUCUGAGGGCAAGUUCAGAAAAGGCCCAGCCAAUCCCAAGGCCACAGGCCUCCAAAGUGGGUCGCACUCUGACGAGCGAUGCCGUGCAGGAGGGCCAUUGCAAUUUCAACUGACCAGAGGCCAGGCCAGGCCAUUCCUCUCUCCCCAGGCCCUCAAUGUUCUG